AUGCCACCCCCGAGCGUCGAGUCGCUCACUGUCAUAUGUCCUACUGUGGUCAUCUCUGGGUGGCUUGACAUGCUGGUCAAGCGCAAAACAGAAGUGCCAAAACUAAGCGAGAUCAUACUCUUAUGCAGACUUGACUACGGUGCUGGACUCAAGGAUCUCGAGGGCGACGCUGUGACCUGCAUCUUCGAGGAGCUGAACGACCUUGGUGUUGUGGUACGCAUGGCUGAAGAGAAGCUAGGAGCAUUUGCGGCUCAAGUUCGGAAAGAAGGCUCGGUAUGA